GGGCCAUUCUCCGAUUAUACUCUCCUCCAUAUCAAAAUCAUAAUCUUUAUACUCCUACAUUUCAUAUAGAGGGAGAGAGAGAGAGCUGGGUAGUAAUCAAAAUUGCUGAUGCUAGAAUUGAGAGCUUCCAAUACAAUGGAUCUUUGGAUCUCUAGCAGUGUCAGCUUCCACUAUAAUUCAUGUCGAUGCAGUUGCUUCUACUCACCAGCACCUCUGUCUUCCUCUUCCUUCUCUUUUGGGAGUUGUCAUUCAAUUAAAAUGGCCUCAUACAACCCUCACCAGAAAAGAGAGAGCUUGAUUCUUGAAUUUACAAAUUGAAAAAGGAUUCUCCUUAUUCUUGCUGAUUCUAUGCUGUUUUGGGGGCUUCUCAUUUACAACAGCUGGUGCCCGUUUGAGCCCGAAUUUCAGCAACCAUUUUUGUUGUCUUCUUGAAAGUUGGGAGCUUUUUGUCACUCCAUUCUCAAGAAAACCUCUCUAUUGUGGAAAUUUUGCUUCAAAGAUUCCUUUUUUCCUAUAACCUUACUCGGAAAUUUUAGAGAAAAAUGCUACGUGUUUCCAUGGCUACUCCUCUGCUUAUGCCGCGUUUGGGGAAUUGUGGAAGUUUUAGUAAAUGGAUUGGAGACGCAUUAGUGCUACUAGUAGUAGUUGGCAUAGCCCAAUAUCCCUUUGUUCUUUACGAUCAUCAGGUAUAGUUUUGAUGGUCGUGGUGGAUGUUGGAAUGGUUAUGGGAAAGAAAAGAUGAGGACUACUGGAAAUGCUGCAGCCAAGAAGACGAGGUUGAGCGUUUCGCCUCUCGCUUCUUCUGCGCUGGCAGAGUCCCGUCAUUCGACUGCAGCCAACUUCUACAAGGAGGUUCUUGAAGCUGCUAGGGAUAAAUUUACGAGGGAGAUUUCUUUUCAGUCUAAAGACGAAGAUAUCUCGCUUGCAAAGGCGCUACUUUAUGUUGCGGCUGAGGAUGAGGCGUUUUUGGCAUUCAAUCGCGAGAUUGACAUCUGUUCCGCCCACAAUGAAAGGAGGGAUACGUCACUGCUUUGUGACGGCAAAGGGUGGGAAAGCGUGGAUACUAUGCCAAUGGCUGAGAAGAAUCUAAAUGCGUGGCUGGCAGAGCUGGAUGCCAUUUCAAAGGAAGUUGAAGCUGAGCUAGUUUCACGAGAUAUAGGAUGCCAUUUAGCCGAAGUUAUGGAACCAGUGAACAAAGUUCUUUUUGAGUCGAGAGGCUUCAGAAGGUCACCUGUAAUCGUGGAUCCAAAGUGUUCGUAUUUGCACUCUGCUUUGAGCUCUGGGUGUGCCAGUGCUAUUUUGCUUAGUGUGAUUUAUAUUGAGGUUUGCCGAAGGCUUAAUCUGACCAUUGUGGGAUCUCGAGUUGGGGAAGAAUUUUUGAUAUGGCCCCCAACAGGGAAUCCUGAGGAGCUAUUCAAAGUAACUUCAGGACACAGCUUGUUUGAGGUCGUCAACGGGAAGUGUGUGGAGGACCCUCGAUCAAAGGCCUCUGACAUAAACAGCCACUCACUCUUAGGGCUGGAAAUUGCAACGAACCGAGAUAUAAUUGGGAUUGCCUUGGCGAAUUUGAUUAGGCUUUACUGGAAACGUGCUUCAAGAACAAACCAUGGGUUGAUGUUGACUUCUCCACUGAGAUCUGUUCUUAAAUCCGAGGAGAAGCUCAACCAAGAUGGUAGUUCGGAUAUGCCUUUGUUGCGGCCUCAGGAGCUAAGGCUCGCCAUCAUGGCCUCGGAGAGAUUGCUAAUCCUUGAGCCGCACAACUGGUCUUUGAGAAGAGACCACGGCAUGCUGCUGUACUAUAAAAGAGAAUACGAGGCUGCAGUCCAAGAGCUCAGCAUCUGCAUGGCUUUCGCACCAGAAGAGGAGGCGGAAGUCCUAGAGCCGUUUGUGGAAAAGCUGCACCUCAUGCGGCUUGAGACGUCGUGGAAAUCGUUGGGGCAGAAAGGUAGGCUAACAAUUCCAUGACUUGGUUAGUUGUAGGAGGUGUUGUCUUUUUACUAUUUACAGCAUUUCCUUGUUUUUAACCUUAUCUCACUCUUUUGUAAAUAUAUAUUUCUAGUUGUAACGGCUCAUGUCUAUAUAUGCAAAACUAUAAUUCCCUAAUAUGUUGAUUGCUUCAUCUUUUGCUUUA